AUGACAGACCUAAGGAGUUACAACAAACAAUUUAUAAUUGAGUUCAUAGAAUUGUAUAGAAGCCAUCCGUGCCUUUGGAAAAUUAAAUCUACUGAAUAUUCUGAUAGAGAUAAAAAAAAUAAAGCUUACGAAGACAUGAUAAUAAAAUUACAAGAAGUAGAUAAUUCCGCAACGAAAGAAUCUGUUAAAAAGAAAAUAGACUCUCUACGUGGUUGCUUCCGAAAGGAGUUAAAAAAAGUAAUACAAUCUAAGAAAUCUGGUUCGGGGACUGAUGAGGUGUACAAGCCCCAUUUCUGGUACUACGAAUAUUUAUUAUUCCUUACAGACCAGGAAACACCGAGAGAAACAGUAUCGAAUAUUGAUGAAGAGACAAAUAGCAAUCAAGUUUCUGACAAUGAAUUAACUCCUGAGGUGCUAGAAUCUCCCGGUAUCUGUUCACCGCCCACACCUAGUUCAUCUACAUCACAAACAUCUGUACGGCUAUCUAAAGCAUCGAAAAGAUACAACAAUAAAUGCGACGAAGUGUUAGACGUGAUUGGGAAACGUUUAUCAGAACCUUCGACCAGUAUUGCAGAUAAAUUUACUGAUAUUGGAAAAGCAUGGGCAUCGAAAUUAAGAGACCUCGAUCCCCAACAAGCUAUACACGCAGAAAAAUUAAUAAACGAUAUAUUCUACGAGGCACAGAUGGGAAAUUUAAAUCGCAAUUGUUUUGAUGAAUCUAACUAUACUCCUGUACUAUCCCCGGUAUCUCCUUUUGAAAAGAACGUAUGCACAGAUCGGGCGCUGUCAGCAUGUUCCAAUACUCCUUCAGUACGUUCUUCCGUUAGUAGCACAAGAAAGCGUAACAUAACGGACAGAGCCGACGAAAUUUUGGAGAAA